AACAAUAAACAACCCGAGAAGAGAAUCGGAAGCGGAGUCAUCGUUCGGGUUCGGCAGUUUUGCGCAAUACAGAAAUAAAAAAGGCAACCGAAAACGACUACAACGGCCUGCAAAGCGAACCUGGGUCCUCGGCCUUCCCUCACACGACGCGGCUGUUGAAUUUUUCCCUGUGGGACGGAGGUGAAAGUGGACGGUUCGUGUCCGUUUCUCUCUUCAGCACCGGCCGUUUGUUAUGCGGUUCCCGGAGAGUUGCUCUCGUGCCUGUCUUCCUCCUCCUCCGCCGCCUCUUCACUCCCUGGCCCCGCUCUCCCCGGCCCCAUGUCCCGCUGGCUCUUCCCCUGGUCGGGCUCCAUCAAGAAGCGGGCCUGUCGGUACCUCCUGCAGCACUAUCUGGGCCACUUCCUGCAGGAGCGGCUGAGUCUGGAGCAGCUCAGCGUGGACCUGUACAGCGGCAGCGGGCUGCUCCGGGACAUCCACCUCGACGUGUGGGCGGUGAAUGACCUUCUGGAGUCGGUGGGAGCUCCCCUCGAGAUGGUGGAUGGCUUCGUGAGCAGCAUCGCCGUGACCAUCCCCUGGGCGGCCCUCGUCACUGACCACUGCACCCUGGUUGUCACCGGUCUGCAGCUCACGUGUCGGCCCAAGUGCAGGACCAGUGGGGGCUGGGAUUCCCAAGGCUGGUCAUCAUGUAUGACCUCCAGCAUGCAACUGGCCCAGGAGUGCCUGAAGGACCCUCCCGAGGCGUCCGAAGAGCCGCCCGCUCCUCUAGAAGGGUUGGAGAUGUUUGCACAGACCAUUGAGACUGUGUUGCGUCGAAUUAAAGUCACCUUCCUGGACACCAUUGUCCGAAUUGAGCACCAACCUCUGGGACUAAAAACUGGUAUUGCCUUGGAGGUACACAUUAAACGGCUUGACUACUGUGAUGAGGCAGUGCGUGACUCCAGCCAGACUGUGCCUGUGGACAUCCACCAGCCCCCCGCUAUCCUUCAUAAGAUCUUGCAGCUCAGUGCCGUCCAACUGUUUUAUGAGAACACUGUAGGGGCUCAGGAUGGGCCUGAACCAGGUAGUGACAGCGAGUCGUCACCUUCGGCAGGACACCUUGACGCCCCCACAGUGCCUGUGCAGUCCCCCAUUCUGAUUGGGAGCUGCUCUGGCUCCAUGGAGACCACUGUGAAGAUCAAGCAGAACGAUGCACUGCCUGGGCCCAAGUUGGAGCUGGAUGGGAAGGUGGGCUGUCUGCACCUACUGCUCUCACCAGACCAGAUUACUCACCUUAUGGAUAUGCUGUCAAUGCUCUGCAUUGACACAGAGCCUCAUGGUGUGGAAAAGACCCAUAGUCGUCCCCUAGGAUCAGAUGACCUGCGGCUGAUUGAGGAAGAUCUUAGCAAACAGCUGAAUGCUGAAGUGGGGCAGCGAGCAAGAGAGGAAGAGGAAGCAGAAAGGGAGGCCUUCAUGAACAGCGUAGAGAAUGGAGAGAUGUUCUACUCCAUGGGGGCAGGCAUGAGCAGCAGUGUGAUGUCAGCUCGCUCAGGCAGUGAGUUGUCAGACAGUGACAUGGAGUCUUCCCUGCACAGCCAGCAGAGCCUAGCACUGCCCAACUCGCUGUCCUCUGGGCUGAUGAUGAACUGCCCUAGACGUUACCCUGUGCCAGGAACACUGUCCAGUCUCCCUCCUAGCAUCCGGACCACAGGUCGAUCCUCACAGCGCACCCAGUCUGAACCCCUCAAGCCGGAUGCUUUGCUCCGCCUGUCUCUGGGUGGGGUCACUGUAACACUGCUGGAAGAGGAGCCCCCCACUGCCCCUGCUGGGGAGCAGCCCUCACUGGGAGAGGUGUCCCAGGAUUUCUUUAGGGAACUGGCCUACUUCAAGGAUGCCAUGUUCAGUGGAAGGGACUUUGAUCACCUGAGGCAGAAUUUUGCUAAAGCUUGUCCUCACUCCCAUCUCAGACUGACAGGAACAGCGGUGCAGGUCUCGUAUGAAAUGCGCAGUGCGGGCCGCCAUGUUCGGGAGGUGACCUCCGACCUAUCCUUCAGCAGGUUGGAGCUGCUGGAGUGUGUGUGGGGUCCUGGGGCUCCCCAGUAUACUGAGCUACUGCAGUUUCAGAGACAUAGCACAUUCACCCUGGGAGCUACAGCCAGACCCUGCGCUCUCUUACACUACAAUCUGACGGAGAAACAUCACCGCAAGAGUGGGGCAAAGCAGCGGUUUGUUCGAUGUGACAGCACUCUGCGGGUGGAGCUGGGGGAGCUGACCACAGAGCUGGACCUGGAUAUGUUGAACAGACUGGACCGGCUGACUCAGGCAUUCACCUUGGGAGUCUCCCAGUCGGAGGGCCAUGUUCACACUCAGGCUCAGACCUGUGAUUUCCGGUCUUCUCUGACAGUACUUUCCCCGCAUGCAGUUUUGAAGAUCCGCUUCCCCAUCCCAGACCUGCGACCUGCAGGCCAGCGUCGACCCCCCAGCCAGCGGGCCGUACGGACCGAAACCUUGAGCCUGGAACUCUCCCAUGUAGAGCUGCACACGCACCUGGGGCCAGACCCUGAACCAGAAUCUGCUGGUGUCGCACGCAUGACUCAGCUGUUUGAGGCUAGCUUCAGUGACCUGCAUGGAGUGUAUGAGGGUUGGGAGGGCAGCUCCUUUCCCUGCAUCCGAGUCCAGAAGAACCCAGACUCCCAAGACCCAGACAGCAUACCCAGGAUCUCUGUGAGAGUGAAUUGCUGUGCUGGGGAGGUUGUAAGGCCUCGGUGGGGAGAUGGGUCAGGACCAGCUGGCCUAGGCCUGGAUGGGGACUUGGGUUCCAUGUCGAUGGAGAGCCCAUGUGAGCUGAGGGAGAGGGAGAGCUCGCCUUUCUCAUCCAACCGCACCAUGUUUGAGACUGAGGAGAUGGUGAUCCCAGCAGACCCAGUGGAGAUGCAGGAGUUCCAGUGGCAGUGUGUGUCUCAAAGUCAGUGUGUAGUGGACAUCACCAUGCCAUUGGCCAUCGUGCUACUGCCCAGCAAGGAGGCCUACCAGAGUUUGUACAACAGGAUCAAUAAUGAUUUACUGAUGUGGGAACCGACCCCUCCAACACCCCCUGCUUCCUCGGGGUCCCGCAGCCCCUCUCGUCAACAUGCCGGAUCCCAGGAUGACGAAUUUCGGCUCUGCAAGUCUGCUUUUAGGCUGGAUUCCGAUUCAGAGGAAGAGGAUGCUCAGUUCCUCACUGCCAGGGAGACUCUAAGGCACAAGGGGGUGGAGCCACGAUCAGGACCCGCCCAAAGUCUCCUUGCCCUCACAAUUAACAUAGGCAAGGGGCGUGUACAAGUCAUGACAGAUAGCAAGGGGGAGACUGGCCGUCCAGUGGAACAUUGCCAUGGUGAGCUGGUGCUAGACGUGAAAGGGGGCAAGAUUUUCAGUGUGACACAGCAUCAGGGCAAUCCCUACCUCAACUUCCUGUGUCUGGAAAGCAAGAAAGUGGAGCUGUACCACAAAGCAGUAGUUCCCGACUCCCCUAUCCCUGCGAGAUUGGAGAUUCCAGGCUUCUUACCACCACAAUGCUUGAACUCCACCAUUUACCCCACAGAGGCUGGGGUUAGCAAUGUGGGGGGCAGGGAGGCUGGGAUGCAAAUGUUGUCAACAGCCAUCAAAAUUACCCUGGACCUCCAGAAAAAUGUAAAGGAGUUCUUGGUUGCUCUUCGGCUCCAGGGAGCCACACUGCGACAUCACAUGGCAUUAACCAAUCACAGCUGGCAUGAACAGUUGGUCGACUUCCUGGAUGUGAUCGAUGAUCCCAUCCUUGGAUACACCCCACCCGUUGUCAUCACCGUCCUCCACACUCAUUUGGCUACAUGCGCUGUUGACUACAGACCUCUGUAUCUUCCAUUACGUGUACUAUUCACAGCGGAGUCCUUCUCUCUCUCCAGCAACAUAAUUGUGGAUACCGCGACCUUUCACCUUAGGUUUAUUCUUGAUGACUCCGCUCUGUACCUGUCAGACAAGUGUGAGAGUGAUGCUGUGGACCUUAGACGAGACUAUGUUUGUGUGGUGGACAUUGAUCUACUAGAGCUGGCUAUCACCACCUGGAAAGGCAGUGAUUCUGGGAAAUUGACACAGCCCCUCUUUGAGCUGCGCUGCUCCAACAAUGUGGUCCACCUGCACACCUGUGCAGAUUCCUGCGCUGCCCUGCUCAACCUGCUGCAAUACCUUGUGUCCCGUGGUGACCUGCAACCGCCUCCUCGGCACCCCUCGCCAACUGAAAUUGCCGGACAGAAACUUCCACUGUCAGAAAGCCCAGCCACUGUGCCGCCUUGCCUUCCUGCCGAGACCGCUGAAAUCAACCAGUAUGAUCUCACUGAUGCUUUGAUUGACACGGAGAAGAGUCAACGGGAAGAGGAAGUGGAUUCUGGCUCUCAAGCAUUCGUGCAGCGUGGCUCUCCUGUCUCAGUAUACCUGUUUCCUGGAGAGGUUUCCAAGCACCAUCCCUCUGUUCCAGAAGGGGAAGAACAAGAAUUUGAUGGACUGGUUGCUGCGACCAGUGAGUUGCAGUGUGAUAUUGGAUCAGAGGCAGGAUCCGAGAGCUCCACAGACAACGAUGACUUCUGUAUCCUGGAGGCCCCUGGAAUGGGAAUACCUCCUAGGGAUGGGGAACCAGUAGUGACAGUGCUGUGUCCUGGCCCUGUUCUUGUGAAGGAUGGGUACUUUUCUCGCCCCCGAGGAAGUUCAGACCUACUUCGAGCCCCCUCCCGCUUUCCCGUGCCUCAAAGCCGGGUGGUGCUGCGGGAAGUGUCUGUGGUGUGGCACUUGUAUGGAGGCAAAGACUUUGGGGGCAAGCCCAUCUCUGCCCAUGCGCAACACAGUCACAGGGGACGCCCUGCCCCUCCUGGAGUCUGGGGCUCUCCAUCCCGCUCCACUGCUCCUCCCCGACCGCAGAACUCAUGGCGCUGGGUAGGUGGCAGUGGGCGACAGCACAGCCUGCUCAUGGAGAUCCAGCUCACUAAGGUCAGUUUCCAGCAUGAAUCCUAUCCUGUGGUGAUACCCACUGCUACCACUAGUCAAGAAGUAGAAGGAGGUGGGUCAGGCGACUCUGGCAUUGGCGAACAGCCCCUGUCCAGGCAGGUCUUCAUUGUUCAGGAGCUGGAAGUGCGGGAUCGGCUGGCGACCUCUCAGAUCAACAAGUUCCUCUACCUGUACACCAGUGAGAGCAUGCCCCGCAGAGCACACUCUAAUAUGCUCACAGUGAAGGCCCUGCAGGUUUGCCCUGAGUCAGGCCUUGGCGGUCCAGAGUGUUGCCUGAGGGUCAGCUUGCUGCCCCUUCGUCUCAACAUUGACCAGGACGCAUUGUUCUUCCUGAAGGACUUUUUUAGCAGCCUGGCUGCUGGUGUCAACCCCUACAUGCCUGUUGAUCCAGCAACUGAAGUCAAAGCCGAUGGAUCCCAGAAGUCCUCAGGAGAGGCAGAUCCAGGUUCCAGCCUUGGGGCAGAUCUCAGUGCUUCCAUGGAGACUACCUAUAGUGAGCACAGCUCUUCCUCUGCUGGCUCCUCCUCUUCUGCUGAUCAGCCUAUCUACUUCCGGGAGUUCCGCUUCACCUCGGAGGUUCCCAUCUGGCUUGAUUACCAUGGCAAGCAUGUGGUCAUUGAGCAGGGUACAUUUGCAGGUAUCCUGAUCGGCCUGGCCCAACUUAAUUGUUCAGAGCUCAAAUUGAAGCGGCUGUGCUGUCGCCAUGGAUUGUUGGGCGUGGACAAAGUAAUUCAGUAUGCUGUCAAUGAAUGGUUAACCGACAUCAGGAAGAACCAGUUGCCAGGGAUUCUGGGAGGAGUAGGCCCAAUGCACUCUGUCGUUCAGCUUUUCCAUGGUGUGAGAGACCUGUUCUGGAUGCCCAUUGAACAGUACAGGAAGGAUGGGCGCAUCAUUCGUGGGAUCCAGCGGGGGGCAGCCUCUUUUGGCACGUCCACUGCCUCGGCCGCCCUGGAGCUCAGCAACAGACUAGUGCAGGCCAUACAGGCAACUGCGGAGACAGUGUACGACAUCCUGUCCCCGACGCCCCCUCUCACUCGCUGCAUUGCAGACGGCCGCGUGAGCUCCCGCCCUCGCCGAGCCGCCCAGCCUGCUGACCUGAGGGAAGGUGUGGCCAAGGCCUAUGACACCGUGAGAGAGGGAGUGAUUGACACGGCUCAGACUCUGUGUGAUGUGGCAUCCCGUGGUCAUGAGCAAAAGGGUCUGCCAGGGGCAGUAGGUGGUGUGCUGCGGCAGAUUCCGCCCACAGUGGUGCGCCCCCUCAUAGUCGCCUCGGAAGCAACCUCAAACUUGCUUGGGGGAAUGCGGAACCAGAUCAAGCCUGAUGCACGGAAGGAGGACUUCUUAAAAUGGCGCACAGAGGACAACCAGGAGUGAAAUGCUGAAGUUUCGGGGGAAAGAAGGCUGCCCUACAUCAGUGCUAUAUGAGAGAGAGAAACAGAGAGAACGAGAGCAAGAGAGAGUGCAUCUGAGGGUACACGAGUCUAAAUGCAAAAAUACUGAAUUUCGAUAGUGUUUUACAUCGCUUCCAGAAUGUAUCCGUGGCAGCCAAGUGUCGAGCAGUUGUGCAAAUUUAAAUGACACUUCUUGCCCCACAAGUUCACGUGCACUGGCAGUCCUUGCUCCUUCCACCCAACCACUUUUUACAGAACUGUAACUGCCUGAAAUCGUACGGCAUUCAUACACGUCUGUCAGUAGACACAUACAAGGAACGCAUUUCCAUGCUGCUUAUGAUGACAAAUCGCAGAGCCUGCUCAUAGUUACCCAUUACAGAAUGAUCAAAACAUACACUGCUUUCCAAGCCGGAUCUCAUACUAAGGAAACUAUUUGUACUGAAAAUGACUUAAUGGCCUGGUCAGUGCACAUUUUGGGGGUCAGACAGUGGCAGUG